CCUCGCUACUGCCAUUUGCCUUGUCUAUGAAAGUGUUUGUUCCAUCCUCUGGCUGCAGCGACGCAUAGCUCUCCAACUAAAUUCCUGGUUCAUUACUGAUAGAAAUUAGUGUUGGUGCGGUGAUCUUUAGUCAACCCGGGAGUCAGCGUCUGUUCCUAGUAGCCCACUGCCACCAGUGCUCCAGUUGACUUCGCAACUGAACAGGGUCCUGCAAGGACGGUCAUGGAACGCACUGUAACCAUUCUGGCCCCGUUGACCCCUCAUAACUCUACCUGUGGGUAUUGCUCGCCUCCUGGGAAGCGGAGCGAAACCAAGUCCAGUUGCCAUGCCGCGGAAUGCAUCCCUUUGCGGAUGUCCUGUGAGGGGUACCAGAAGAUGAUAGACCGUGGUUGGAGACGGUCAGGCACGUAUUGUUAUAAGCCUGACCUCAAGAAGUCUUGUUGCCCACAAUACACGAUCAGGCUUGACGCCAACAAAUUCAAACCGUCCAAAUCCCAGCGAAAGCUCCUCAAUCGGUGGAAUCGCUUCGUGCUCCGCGGGGAUACCAACGAGGAAGCCUUCGAUGAGGCGACAAGCAUACCUAAGAAGGGUAGUCCUCACAAAGGCAAGAAAACGGAGACGGCAUUUUCUCUGACGCAGGAAAUACAUGCUUCUGAACAUGACUUUUGUACAUGCAAAUCGCCGAAACAUCGGUUCGAGGUCACACUUGAGCCUUCCUCGUUCACAGACGAGAAAUUCGAUUUAUAUCAGAGUUACCAACGCAAUAUACAUUGCGAAGAGGACAAGAUGCCGAGCAGCUUCAAACGCUUUCUCGUCGAGACACCGUUACAGCGUGAAACCAUACCAUAUCCCUCCCCGCCACCAAGUCAUUUACCACAAGAAUACGGGUCGUACCACCAAUUGUACAGACUUGACGGGGAACUCAUCGCGAUGGGUGUCAUUGACGUGCUCCCAAAUUGCGUCUCAAGUGUGUACUUCAUGUACGAGAAGAAAUGGGAGAAGCAUUCCUUAGGCAAGCUCAGUGCCCUGCGAGAGGCUUCACUCGCCAAGGAGAUGUACGACACGGGGUUGACUGACAUGGGGUUCUUGUACAUGGGCUUCUACAUUCACUCCUGCCCGAAGAUGCGAUACAAAGGAGACUACGCCCCGUCAUACCUGGCUGAUCCCGAGGAAUACACUUGGUGCCCUUUCGAGCAAUGCCGCCCCGCACUAGAGGGGCACAGAUACGUCAGCUUCGCACAUCCCGAGCAUAAUCUGGAGGGACCGCCAGAUGUUCCUGAAGACGAUUCUAUUCAAGAGCAGGAGCUUCCUGCAUCUGUACUGUCGGAGGCUCACAUUAUACAGACGGGCCGACGCGGCGGUGCGGUUGCUGUGCCUGUGAUAACUUCCCCGCAGUGGAGGCGAUCCCAAGAAAGGCUCGCCAUCUCAGCGCUGUUGAAUGGGUUAGGACCUGAGCUCGCCGCUGAGGUGCUUCUGUUCAUGGCAUAUGAACUGUGAACUGUGUGGGUCACCGCCGGAGGGUUGCUCACUGUUAUACAAGCACUUGUGUACUUUGUAUGUACGACGAUUAUUAUAGUCUACCGCGGAGGAGAGACCUGCGGUAUGAGUUCCAGCCUCCGA